GUCUACGCCGUUUACGUAGCCCACCCCCCUCCUUCUUCGGGACAGCCGUGACUGGCGGCGGGAAACGGGAACGGAAGUGACGGAGAAGGAAUAGGAUGAUGAAGCUGAAGAGCAGCCAGACCCGGACGUAUGACCGGGACGGGUAUAAGAAGCGGGCGGCGUGCGUAUGCUUUCGGAGCGGGGCCGAGGAGGAAGUGCUGUUAGUAAGUAGCAGCCGCUAUCCAGACCGUUGGAUUGUACCUGGUGGGGGAUUGGAACCAGAUGAAGAACCCAGUGCAGCAGCUGCUAGAGAAGUUUGUGAGGAGGCUGGUGUUAAAGGAAUAUUAGGACGUCUUCUUGGAGUAUUUGAGAAUUUUGAACGGAAACAUAGAACCUUUGUUUAUGUUUUGACUGUAACAGAGAUCCUUGAAGAUUGGGAGGAUUCAGUUAAUAUUGGACGGAAGCGCCGCUGGUUCAGCAUUGAGGAAGCGGUACGUGCUUUGCAGGGCCACAAACCUGUGCAGGCAUCCUACUUCCAAAGCCUGAGACAAAGUUGCCAUCCUAACAAUGGAGCCAUCCCUGUGCCAAGCCAGAGUGCACUACCUGAUAUCAGAUGACCUACUCUUGUUACGGACUCAAUCCUUGUUCCCUCACUCUUUCUCCAAACCCUGAGAAGCAGAUUCCAGCAGACAAAGCUUCACUGAAAGUGCUAAACUCCAAUUGGCUUCUGACGUUGUGUUGUGCAGCAAUGGAUUGUGCAUGCUGUGAUUUCCCUUUCAUAUUUGGCAUGGACAUGUUCAAUUAUUAGUGCCCUGUCACCUUAUUUUUACCUUUACCUGUGCCAUGAUUCUAUUUUUUUUUUCCACUCUUACUGUAUAAUUUCAUCCUUUCAAUUGCUUAUUUACAUUUAACACCUUUGCCUUUCUAUCUCCAGGUCUGGUUUUCACAAAUGCUUCACCUUCAUUGUCCUAACAUUUUUAUCUGGUAUGUCAAGCUGCUUUAGUAUGAUUAUUUCAGUGUGAUGGAGUAUUCAAAAGUGGUGGUAAGGAUUCCUUACUCAUUUUUGGUAAUUUUUAUGUAAUUUAAUUUUUUUUUUUUUUAUGAUUAACAGUGUUAUUUUAAAAGGCAAAGCUAUUACAGUUAUAUAAACCACUAUAUGUGGGCUUUGCAAAAAGUGAAAAAAAUAUUUUGAACAUUUUUUUUCUUUUCAAUUUACUAUAUGUUCCAUAAAAUUUUUGAUGGUUUUAGGGGUAUUUCAUUUUCAUUAAGUGAUGGCAUAUAACUAGGAUAUGCUAUAGCUUUUUGUUUGGUGGGGAUUUUACCUCAGUGACCCAACUGAUCCUGACAAUUAAAGAACUACAGAGCUAAAAUAGUGACCUUUUUUUCUCAGAAUCUGUUGUAUCUCAAAAGUCAAAUAACCCCCAGUCAUAAAGUGAUGGCAUAUGCUAUUGAUAUGCCAUCAAUUUAUGAGAAGUUCUGUAUAGAAUAGGCAAUGCAAAGGGCACUCAAUACCAAAGAUUCAUUCAUGUAGCUCCUUUAUAAAGGUUUCAAGGUCAUGACAGCAGGAAAUGUUGUCAAUGGCCGUUUUCACUUUUAUUUUAUUUUUUAAGAAGGCAUAAAAAAGCGGGCGUAUCCAUGAAACAGCUGUUACCCAACAAUGCCGCUGUCAUAACCUCAGAAUUUUUUGAAUUAAGCUACUUGAAUGAAUCCACGGGGUGAGUGCUGCUUAUAUUUGCUACUUCUCAUGAACGCUGUAUUAAGAUAUUCAGGACAUCUCCAGGGAAGUGUAUAUGUGUGUGUGUCAUAUAUAUAUAUAUAUAUAUAUAUAUAUAUAUAUUAUAGCUCCUAAGCUGCUUUUCUCAGAGAGGGAUUUGGAUAAAGACACAAAGGAUGGCAGGAUGACUUAUUUUCCUUACUCUCUCCAGAUAGCUAUUGAAUGAUAUUUAGACAAUUAAAUAGGUUUAUGAGAGGGAAAGGAUGGCCUAUGGGUUUAGUUCCCCGGGGAACCCCUUUAAUUUUUUUUGCACUAUAUGUUCCUCAUUUUAGUUACUGAUAAGUAAAGAAAAUCUUCAUGUUCACAAAUUGUACACAGUAAUAAGGUACCAGAUAUUACAGUGUGCCCUCAAAAUAAUGUCGCCGCCAUCCUAUUUCUGUUGUCAUAUAUAAUAUAUACAUAUGUGUGUGUGUGUGUGGGGGUAUUUUUAUCUCUCAUGCUAUUUUGGAGAAUUUCCUAUUUUAGUUUAUUACAAAGAUUUUCUCCUGUUCCGGUGUUUCCAUAAUACUGUAAUUCUUACUGAUCUAUCUACUGACCUGUCUUCUUUAAUAAUGACAGGAAUUUAAAAGCUGUGACUUACAAAUUGUAAGGGUGUUUGUUGUUGUUUUUGUUUAGUUUUUUUUUUUUUUUAUAUAUUUAUCUGGUGACACAUUUACUAAAUUGCUCAUAUAUGUGUGUGGUCACCAUCUCAUGUGGUUAAAAAAAAACAGAACCCACUACCUCUUAGACUGUAUGCUCACGGUUAAGAUAUCUAAUGGAAAGGGUUGUUCUCUGCAGGACAACUACUUUUUACAAACCCUAUUUUAUUCACAUUGCAAGAGUGAUGGUUUAUCUAAGGUACUUUGGAGAAGAUUUAUCAAAACCUGUGCAGAAGAAACGUUGACCAGUUGCCCAUAGCAACCAAUUAGAUUGCUUCUUUCAUUUUAAAAAAUGCCUCUGAAAAAGGAAAUAAGUAAUCUGGUUGCUAUAGGCAACUGGUCAGCUUUUCCUUGGCACAGGUUUUGAUCAAUCUUCCCCUUUUUGCUUAGCCUUCAUAUUUCUAAAUGUAUGGACAAUGAAUGGUGCAGACUUGUGUGGCCCACUAUUUGGCUACAGAAAAUGGAGAACCCUUUCCCAUUUACUUCACAUAAAAGCAUGAAAAGUGCUUAAAGGGGUGCUCCGGCCCUAAGACAUCUUAUCCCCUAUCUUGCAUUCAGCACCCACCUCUUUGAGGUGCACGUCACGCUGCCAGCUCAUAAACUGCCAGGCGCCGACCACUGGGCCGCAGUAUCGUGACGUCAUGACUCCGCCCCAGUGUGUCACACCCUGCCCCCACUAUGCAAGUCUAUGUCCGUCACGUCUCCUCCCAUAGACUUGCAUAAUGGGGGCGGAGUCGUAAUGUCACUACUCCAGCCCCGUGGUCGGCACCCGGCAGUUUGUGAGCUGGCAGCACGGCAUGCAGCUCAAAGAGGUGAGUGUCAAAUGCAAGAUUGCGGGGGUCCCCAGCGGCGGGACCCCCACGGUCAGACAUUUUAUCCCCUAUCCUUUGGAUAGGGGAUAAGAUGUCUUAGGGCCGGAGUACCACUUUGACUUUGUAGAAAAACACUUCUAUACCAUAACAACUGUUCACAUAUAGGUGGAGAUUCAUUAAAACAUGUGCAGAGGAAACAUUUACUAGUUGCCCAUAGCAAUCAAUGAAAUAGUUUCUUUCAUUUUUCAGAGGCCCUUUUAAAAAUGAAAGAAACAAUCUAAUUGGUUUCUAUGGGAAACUGGUCAACCUUUCCUCUGCACAGAUUUUUCUAAAUCUCCCCUAUAGUGUGCAACAAUAUUCUUUUACUGAAUAAAUCAUAUUCUGAUUAUAUGUAAAGCCAAGCAUAAUUGGUAAUACAGCCGGUUUAUUAAUAAAAUAAUUUAUACACUUUGCUGCUUGUAACCGCUGUAACUAUUAUUGUCCGUUAGAAAGGUUUGCUUGUAAAUGACAUGACUGUACCGUUAGAAUUGUACAGUUUUAUUAUAGCUCAUCUACUGCAUCCAAUCAAGUACUGAGAAACAAAAUCUAUUUCCUAAGGAAAAUAACUGAAGGAUUACAGUCACAGUGCUCCUCCACUAUACAUGUAAUUCAAGCUGUAGCAAGACUUAAUUUAAGGAAGAAUUCUUUCAUACAUCUAUUUAAUGAAUUUGUUAGGUUCUGUUUGGCUCAGGCUGGACUCUUUGUAGAAACUAUAAGAAACUGAACAGAUGACAUGCACUAAUACCUUUUAUCCUGUAUUCUCUAAUGCAGCCUUGCUCGAGCAUGCAUUACACUGAGGUUUUUGUAGAACCAAACAGAAUAUUGCAAUUAUUAUAUUGACAACAAUAUAUUUCUAAGAUUAAGUACUCGCUAUUGUUUUUUUUUUUUAUAGCUACAUUUUAAGAUAGGGAUAGAAAGUGUAGACAAGAGGUCCCCAAGGCCUUUCCCUGACACAUCCUUUUUCCAUUUUAUUCAGUGGUUAAGUGUUUGUGAUUUAGUAGAAUUGGAAUGGAAUACUCCUUAGCUGUUAGAAUCGAAUUUCAUCUUGUAAAAGAGCUGUGUAGUCUAUUGUGUUAUAAAUCUCUGUUCUGCAAUUUAUUUGCGGUGUAUUAUCCCGCAUAUCAUGUCUUAGUUUUAGGCAUAUCGAUUAGGGUUUUCCUGAAACAGUAGAAUGCCCAAAUUCACAUUGCCAUUGUUCCAUUUAUCUAAAACUUUGACUUUCGUGUCAUUCUACAUAUUAUGAACGCUCAGGCUUUUCCAUGAACCCACAAAUGUAGCUUCAUAUUUGCAAAUGAGAUCUACAAUUAUAUACUAACUUGUUGGAGGUGACAGCUCUCUUCUUUCACUAUAUCUAAAUAACUAUCAGGUACUAACUUUAAAGGUUUGAACCCAACUCAUAUGAUGUUUUACCUAUUUAGCAAAAUAUGUUCACCACAUUCAAAUUUGGUCUGUAUUUAUUGUAUGCUGAACAUAAAUACAGAAAAAGAAACCUAAUUGAAAGGUUUAGACUUUUCUGUGCAUUGCUUUUGCCUUAAAGGGUUACCCUGCUACCCAGUAUCCGGAACAUUGCGUUCCGAACACUGUGAGGGCUUCCGUGUUCACACCCACCCCCUCGUGAUGUCAUGGCCUGCCCCCUCAAUGAAAGUCUAUGGGAAGGGGGUGCGACGGCCGUCAAGCCCCCUCCCAUAGACUUGCAUUCAGGGGGCGGGAUGUGAUGUCACGAGGAAGCAGGCGUGAACACGGAAGCCCUCACACAGUGUUCGGAACGCAAUGUUCUGGAUGCUGGGUAGCAGAGUAACCCUUUAAAAUUGUGAAUUGAAAAUACUGACCAAUUUUGGCAUGGAGCUAAUGUUAUUUUGAUGGGCUAUUGACAUGGGCAUGAAAAUAUAUAAAAAAGAAUGUGCUUAUUUCAUCCAUUUUGCACAUAGUAAUGCCAAUUCAGGUCUAUAGAGUCCUCAAAAUACAGAUGCAUCCAUAUUUUAAUGAUGUAUUUUGUAUUGCACCAGUAUAUCCCUAUUGCCACAUCCAUAUUUCAGCACCUUUCUUCUGUAUUUCAGUUUCCUCUUUAGAAGAUACCCCAUUAGUAUUAUGGAUAUGUAAUGCUCUUGACAUACUGAUGCAAAAUAAUGUGUAAUACUGUGGAUCUGUAUUUAGUAUUAUAGUUAUCCUCACGUGAAACAGUCCUAAAUUUGGUUCCCUAGCUAAUAGGCUUUUAACUUCUGGGUUGCAAAAGCCUGAGACUUAACUUAUAGGUUGUAGCCCGAACAUCAUGUAACCCAGGGGCAUUUAUGGUACGUUUGCUUUAUUUGUUAUGGCAGAUAAUAUAUUGCUUACAAAAUACCUUUCCUUUGGUCCAUCAAUUGUAAUUCUAUGUGAACAUAGACCCUUUAUUAAACAAUACAAAUGUAUUAACUUGUAGACUAUAGUAAAAUAUAAAUAAAUACAUUUCAGAUAAAGAGAAACUGAAACUGGUUUAGGGAUGUGAGAUGAAUCCUCAUAUCAUUGACACUAUUAAUGCAACUAAUCCUUCUUUUCUUUGCUAUGUGAAACAAAUAAUAAACAGGAAAACAUGAGGAAUUAUACCUUUUGUGACACUGCACUAGAAAGGGUUUAAAGGUAAGAUUAUUAUCUCCCUGAAGCUUCCUAUCCCAAAAUAAUGGAUGAAAGGUAGAAAAAAGGAUGUUUCUUAAGGUAGAUUAGUACAUUGAAACCUAUCAAGAUGUACACCUUGAAAAUGGUACCCUUUUGGCAUAUGUUUGGCCCAUAUAAGUCUAUGGGUACUGCACAUUAUUAGUCUGGAUACUGCCAACUGUAUGAUCAAAUGUAGUGUGAAUUGAGCCUUAAUUACACAAAGAGAAAUCUUUUAUCAGGGAAACCUUGCUGGAAAGUAAACUGAAAGCUAUAAACCUGUAUGUACACAGAAACAUACAGGCAAACAUUGCUACUAGAAAACAUAAAGGGCUAUUCCAAAUUCAGCAAACAAUUGGUUUUUUUUUUGAUUUUUUUUUGUAUAAUGAAUCCUAUACAGUUUCCAGUAUACUUUCAGUAUAAAAUGCUCGAAGAUUCACAGAUCUUUGCUUGUUGACAUUUACUAGAAAAUUUUCAGUGUAUAAUCACCUGAGCAGAUAUAUGAUGGUUCACAUUCAGUGACUGCAAGCUAUGAUUGGAACUAGAGAUGAGCGAAGUUACAGUGAUUCGAUUCGUCACAAACUUCUCGGCUCGGCGUUUGCUGACUUUAACCUGCAUAAAUGAGUUCAGCUUUCAUGUGUUCCGGUCUGGAGACUUUCUCCUAGGACUGUAUCCACCUUUUCCAGCCCACCGGAGCACCUGAAAGCUGAACUCAUUUAUGCAGGAUAAGUCAGCAACUGCCGAGCCGAGAAGUUCGUGACAAAUCGAAUCACUGUAACUUCGCUCAUCUCUAAUUGGAACAAACCUAUUUAAAAAAUGUUUGAUACAGAAAGAUAUUGAAAUAUUGUAUAAUUUUUUUUAUUAUACAAAGAAUAUGAUGUAGAUAUUGAAACUGGAAUAGUCCUUCAAUGGUUAAGAAUCAUAUUCAGAAAACACCAGUUUAAAGGACACUGCCGAAUGUGUUCAUAUGCAUUUGAAAGAUGACACAUUUUACAUUCAUUAAAAAUGUCAUUUAAUAGUGUAGUGUUUUUUGUAAAAUGAUUAACUAUGAUUUAACAAAAUAAAAAAACAAAUUUGUUACUGAU